ACAUUAAUUAAUAUUAAUUUCUUUCACCUCAAUUGGACGUGUUUUUUAGGAAAAAAAUAUAUUUAUUGCAAAUAAUUUGCCUUUUAUAAAUUAAUUAUCAUAAAAAUGCAGCGUGUUAAACCAAUUGCUUCAAAAACUGGUGAAAUUGUUGCCUAUAGUGAGGCUGCUAUUAGACACAAUAUUUCAGCCGUGGAAUAUUGCCGCACAUCAAUGGCUGCCAUAUCGGGCUGUGCAGCGGGUAUCUUGGGUUUGAAUGGUCUGCUAGGAUUUUUGUUCUACUUUAUUUCGGUAUUUGUUUUGUGGCUUUUGGUACUCGCUAAGUCCGGUACUGGUUGGCGUAAGUUUUUCAUUAAUCGCCAAAGUCUGUUGACUAACAGUUUUAUGGGGGCUUUAUGUACUUAUGUAUUAUUCUGGACAUUCCUUUAUGGUAUGGUACAUGUCUACUAAGCUAUAGUUUUAAGUGGAUAUAUUGCAAGAUUUAGAAAUGAUAUAGGUUUAUAUAUAAAAAUAAAAAAAAUUAACAAAAAAGA